GUAACAAAAGCAAUAAAAUGCGGAAAUGAAACAGAUUAUAGUCAAUUAUAAUUGACUACCAGCUCAUACAUGUCAAACAAAGGAUAUGCAGAAAAUUCUGCAGAGAGAAAAUGGAAUGUCGUACCUUCUGAUAUGUCGUUAAGAACAGUAAAUCCAAUUCGUAGAAUAAUUGAUAGAAUGAAGUUGGAUCCAAAUCCAGAACUUCCACUUAUUUCUUUAUCAAUAGGUGAUCCUACAGUUUUUGGAAAUCUUAUUCCCCAUGAAAAUAUACUAGUUGCUGUAGAAGAAAGUUUGAGAACACAUAAGCAUAACGGAUAUGCUCCUGCUAUUGGAGAGUUAGCUGCAAGAAAGGCAAUUGCUGAGUUUAUGUCAACCCCUAAAGCACAUCUCACUGAAAAGGAUAUUAUUAUUACAAGUGCGUGCUCUGGUGCAAUUGAAAUAUGCUUGAGUACCCUAGCUAAUCCUGGUGAUAGCAUUCUCAUUCCUAAACCUGGGUUUUCUUUAUACAAAACUCUUGGAUAUUCAAAUGGUUUAGAAGUAAAACAAUAUAAUUUGUUGCCAGAUUGUGAUUGGGAGGUUGAUCUUGCACAUCUGGAAUCACUUAUUGAUGAAACUACAAAAUGUAUUAUUGUUAAUAAUCCUUCUAACCCAUGUGGGUCAGUUUAUUCAAAAGAACAUCUGGAAGCAAUUAUUUCUGUGGCCGAGAAACACAAAGUUUUGAUUCUAGCAGAUGAAAUAUAUGCAUACUCAGUAUUUCCUGGAGACACAUUUUAUCCAAUGGCAAGUCUCACAGAGACUGUGCCCAUUUUAUCAUGUUGUGCUAUCUCUAAACGAUUUUUAGUACCUGGAUGGCGUUUGGGUUGGAUUCAAAUUCAUGAUAGAAAUAACAUCCUAGAAGAGUUACGCAGUCGUUUAUUUGAUAUGUCCACACGAAUACUUGGUGCAAACACUGUUAUUCAAGGUGCUUUGCCCAGGAUCUUUUCUGAAACUCCAAAAGAAUGGUUUGAUUCUAAUAUGCAAUUUAUAAAAGAUAACGCUACUAUUGCCUACAAUAUUUUAUCGAAAGUGAAAUAUUUGAAACCUGUUCAACCGAGAGGUGCAAUGUACAUUAUGGUUGGAUUGGAUAAGGAACUUUUAGAUAUUUUUGAAGAUGACGUAAACUUUACCCAACGCCUAAUAACAGAAAAAUCAGUUCAUUGUCUUCCCGCAUCGUGUUUUGAUUUGCCUGGUUUCUUUCGUAUUGUGCUAACUGUUCCCAGCCAUCUGUUGGAAGAUGCGUGUAAUCGGAUUGCAGAUUUUUGUGAACAUCAAGAAUAUAAGUGAAGUUAUUGAUGUUUUUAUUUUUAUUGGAGUAUUAUGUUGUAUAUUAUUUUUAUUAUUUUUUGAUUGUUAUUGUACAUAAUUUUCCAAUAAUUUUAUCAAAUGUCUAAUAUUAUUUUCGUUACAUGAAAUGUGUCAAAUAAAUUUACGUAAGUACCA